AUGGUCAAGAUUCAAUCACCUUUUCCUGCUGACAAUGAUCAAAGACCAUUCAGAUGCGAACUAUGUCAAAGAGGGUUCCACAGACUGGAACACAAAAAGAGACAUGUUCGAACCCACACUGGUGAAAAGCCACAUGCCUGUACCUUUCCUGGAUGUGAGAAACAUUUUAGUAGAAGUGACGAACUGAAAAGACACUCCAGAACACAUGCCACAGGUUUACAAAGAAAAUCAAGAAAGCCAAGAGCAAAAAGCACUAAAAAAACAGCCUCGAAAUUGUCUAGUCCCCCCAGGCAACUGAUUGGAAGUAGUAAAGGUAACAGUGAAGAAUAUGAUAGUACAGACUCCGAUGGUAAAAAUGUUACUUCACCGAAAAGUAUGACCUCGAAUUUACAAAAACUUACAGAAGUUGCUGUUACAACGCAGUCAUCAAACCCCGCUCCCGAUGAAAGGAGUUACAAUAUUACAUCCUCUCAACCCUCGAUACCCAUUGAAAGAAAUAGCUCAAUAUUGUCUUUAUAUUCUUCUAAUCAGCCAUACCUUUCGUCAAGUUCCCUUUCGUCAAUGGCACAGGCCCCCGUAAAUACAACUUCAAUGCCAGGGGUACCUUUUCAACAAGGUUCUUCAAACUUUUCUUAUCGCUCAAACAGCUCUCUUGGAUUGAGUGAUAUGUCAUCUUCAGCUUCGUCAGUCUUUUCGAGAAGUCUGAGGACCCCAAUAUCAGAGAAGGAGUCAUCAUAUUCCAUAAAUUCUGUUACAAAGCAAAAGAAGACUACAAAGCCUCUAAUAACAGCAUUGAGCAGCCCGCAAAAACUGACGCGCCUUCAAGAACAUGACCAAUGCUGCAAUAUUCCAAUCUCGGCGGCGCUAACUUCCGUUCCUCCAAGGCCUAUAUCGACCUCCAGUAGUAUAGUUUCAUUGGGCUCGCUACUGAACAACGAUGCCUCACAAGAGGCUGGAUCUUUACUAUAUAAACAGCGUAAUGACUCAAAUUUACUCUAUAUGGAUACAUAUAGGGCCCCAACAAGAACACAAGGACAUGCAACCUUUCAUCUGUCGAUGGGUGACGAAGAAGAUGAUACGGACCAUUUCUCUAGGAGUAACAGUAGUGAAGGCAAAAUAAUGCUCCCUCCAAUACGAAAUAUACUGGAAAAUAUUCAAAUAUUCAACGAACAGUAG